AUGUAUAUACGCCUUUAUUACAGAUAUCCAGUGUCCUACAAAGAAUCUUUGAACACAGUAUUAAUACAAGAAGCUAACCGCUAUAACAAACUGCUGAUCAUCAUAAGAUCAUCCUUAAAGGAUCUAUUGAAGGCUCUAAAAGGUCUGGUGGUGAUGUCUGAGGCUCUGGAGAACAUGGCCGGUAGCCUGGCCAGGAAUGUGGUGCCUUCGAUGUGGAGCUCGAAAGCAUACCCUUCUCUUAAACCCCUUGCUGCCUGGGUGAAGGACCUGUGUCUUCGCGUGGCCUUCAUGCAAGAAUGGGCAGCGCAAGGUAUUCCCAAGGUCUUUUGGAUAUCUGGCUUCUACUUCCCGCAAGCGUUCCUAACGGGAGCUCUGCAGAACUACGCCAGGAAACAUGUGAUUGCCAUCGAUACUAUCGCCUAUGCCUUUGAGGCACUAGCACAGCCUCCAGCUAAGAAGCCAGAAGACGGAUGCUGCGUCCGCGGUCUUUUUCUCGAGGGGGCGCGGUGGAACUUAAGUGAUAUGUCCUUGGAAGAGAGCAAACCCAAGGAACUGCAUAUAGAGAUGGCGAUUCUAUAUAUGAAGCCAGAACAGAAUCAUCGUCUUCAGCCGAACCAAUACGAGUGUCCCACAUACAAGACCUUGCUGCGAGCUGGUACGUUGUCCACAACUGGACAUUCCACCAACUACGUAAUGACCAUCGAACUGACAACGCAUAAACCACAACAACACUGGAUCAAAAGGGGCGUGGCUUUGUUCUGCGCGCUUGACUAUUAG